GAAAAAACUCAAUCUCUCACAUUUCUUAUCAUCAUACUCAUCGACCACAUCAUGGAAGCCAAAGCUGAUCUCCCAGUCCAACCCAUCUCUGAUCGAAUCCCUAUUGAUGGGGUACAGAAUGAGGACCAAGGACUCGAUUUGGCCACCUUGGAGAAAAGAGUGCGAUUAAAGGUGGACCUGCGUCUUUGUAGUAUUGCCGGACUAUUGUGCAGCCUGAAUUUACUCGACUCCGGUAUUCUAUCAUCCGCCGCCGUGACGACCAUGCUCAGCGAUCUGGAGUUAGACAAAGGCUCCAGGUACUCAGUCUCAAUCUUCAUUUUCACCAUCGCGAGCGUCAUCUUUCAGCUCCCAUGUACCAUUGCCGUGCGCUUCGUUGGACCUCGUCUCUGGUUUGCGAGUAUCACAUUUGUCUUCGGACUACUGACCGUUUGCACGGCAUUCAUCCAUACUUGGCGUCAGAUGAUUGCCCUGCGUGUGUUACUGGGUAUUGCCAUGUCCGGAAUCUAUCCCGGUCUGACCUACCUAAUCAGUACCUGGUACCUCCGACAUGAACAACAACUCCGAUUCGCUUUUCUGCAGUCGGGCGAAGUCAUUGUACUGGCCACGGGGAAUAUUGUCAAUUUCGGUCUCAACCAUUUAGAUGGUACUGCAGGCAUGGCCGGGUGGAGAUGGAUGUACCUUGUUCAGGGUCUGAUUACUUGUGUCCUGGGUUUGGUCACAUAUUGGUGGAUGGUGGACUUUCCUGAAAACGCGUCUCGCAGCUUUUAUUUCCUCUCGGAUCGAGAGGCACGCGUCGCAUCCCAGAGGAUUCAAAAUGACCGAGCGGAUCUGAUCCCGGAACCUUUCUCGUGGGGAACAUUGUUGGCGAAUUUCAAAGACCUCAAAAUAUAUGGGUUUGCCUGUCUGUUCUUUCUUUUAAACCUGGUAUCGACUGCAUUGUCAUACUUCCUGCCUAUCAUCCUGGAAAAUGGUAUGGGAUUCGAUAGUAACCAGUCAAUUCUACUUUCAACGCCACCAUAUUAUUAUGCCGUGAUUCCAGUUCUGAUUACAUCCCUUGCAGGGGACUAUUUCCGCAAACGUGGCCCAUUUAUCACAUUCAAUGCACUCUGCCUGAUAGCUGGUUUCCUGAUGUUCGGCCUGCCUGGAUCAAAACAAGUCACCGUGCGCUACAUUGGGACAUUCCUAGCUACCGGAGCUUAUAUUUCGAAUUGGGCGGCUCUCAAUGCGUUUCAAGCAAAUAAUGUUGCUGGUCAGUGGAAACGCGCUGUUACCUCGGCUGCUGUUACUGCCUUUAAUGGAUUGGGUGGUGUAGCAGGUAGCUAUAUUGUUCGCUCUCAAGAAGCUCCAGAGUAUCAGACGGCUGUUUGGGUGUCUAUCGGCUCUCAUUUUCUCAUGAUUGCACUUGUUGUAGCGUUCACUGUCUACUUCUACAUUGUGAACCGGCAGCAAGCGAAGGGACUGAAGGUUGUUGAGGGUGUGCCCGGUUUCCGCUACACUUACUAG